AUGCUGCAAGACGAAGCUCUAAUAAUAGGAGAAAAUUGGGAAUUGAAGGAUUCACCACUUCCAAUGGUUUGCUGGAGUGUAGUUUGGGAGGAAGGAGAUGUUAAUUCUAUGACCUUUGAAAGCUGGAAAGAGAAGUCAAGAAAACUGAUUAGAGGAAGGAAGCCAGAAAAUAUUUGUAACAUUGACGAAACUGGCUGUUUCUGGAAAGGUCUUCCUGAGGUGAGCCUGAAUAAAAAGGGAAGCAGGUGUAGUGGCGGGAAGCAGUCGAAUCAGCGAAACAAGUCAAUGCGGCAGGUGGGAAAGAAGAUCCUAUCGUAAUUCGCCAGUCAGAAAAGCCUCGAUGCUUAAAAACCUAAAAGAUGCUAGUCGUCCUUACAAAUGUCAUUAUUUUGCAAACAGGAAAGCGUGGAUGAAUUCAGACCUUACGACAGACAUCUCGGCGUCCUUAAACCGUCGUUUGCAGCUGAAGCAACGGAAGAUUAUGCUUUUCAUGGACAACGCCCCCUGCCAUCCAGCUAGUUUACAAGGUAAAUUUUCCAACAUAAACAUUGUGAUUUUACCAAAAAAAAACAACAUCGAAGACACGGCCACUUGAUAGCGGCAUAAUCGCAAGUUGAAAGUGCAGUUACAAGAAAAGGUUGUUGCGUCAUGUUUGUAGUAAAGUGGAUGGAUCAAACAGUGCAAGCGACAAGCGAAAUCUGUCAACUCGUUGAUGACCAUCGCAUGGGCAGGCAUGGGAUGAUGUCUAAAGAGAAACGAUUGUCAAAUGUUUCAAAAGAACUGGGUUGUACCCCAAUGAAGUUGAGGAGGAGGACCAUUCUUUUGGAGGAGAAGAACUUUCAAGAUCGCAGGAACUCGUUACGGCAAUGGAAGCAUCCUGUACUGCAGAAGAAUUUUAG